AUGGGCGGCUUGUACUUCAGUUUCUUGAUUGCCCUUUUACUUUCUGCAACUGUUGAAGCUUCCUAUUGUUCAAAUGAAGGGGUGCAAACAGUGAGGAAUAUAAGUGAACUUGCACAGGAUAAUUAUGGGAGGCCUGGAUUGUCACACACUACAAUUGCUGGUUCCCUUUUACACGGGUUUAAAGAGGUUGAAGUGUGGCUACAGACAUUUGCUCCAGGAGCUCAUACUCCGAUACACAGGCACUCCUGCGAAGAAGUUUUUGUGGUGCUUAAGGGAACUGGCACUCUAUAUCUUGCCACUAAUUCACAUACAAAAUAUCCUGGGAGUCCACAGGAGUUUCCAAUCUUCUCGAAUAGUACAUUUCAUAUCCCUGUCAAUGAUGCUCACCAGGUAAGGCCUCUGUUCUUCAUUCUUGUUUUACUACUGACUUAG